AUGAUGCUUUUGGAGGCAGCCAUUGAUGUUGAGCGGGAGGAAGAUGAAGGUGGCUUGGCUGGAGAAACAUUUAUGGAUUAUCGACCUUCUAAACUUUCCAUCGGUCCACUGCAUCCAGAUCAUGUUGUUGAGACAUCAUCCUUAUCAGCUGUACAACCUCCUGAACCUACUUAUGAUCUAAAGAUUAAGGAUGACCUAGAAAAUUCAGAGGCAUUGUCAUGCCUGCAAAUUGAAACAUUGGUCUAUGCUUGUCAGAGACACCUUCAGCACCUUCCAAGUGGUGCUAGAGCAGGUUUUUUUCUUGGAGAUGGUGCAGGUGUCGGUAAAGGAAGGACGAUUGCUGGUUUAAUAUGGGAGAACUGGCAUCAUGGAAGAAGAAAAGCAGUGUGGAUUUCUGUUGGGUCAGACUUGAAAUUCGAUGCUAGAAGAGACUUGGACGAUGUUGGUGCGUCAUGCAUAGAAGUGCAUGCUUUGAACAAGCUUCCUUACUCUAAGCUUGAUUCAAAGUCUGUUGGCAUUAGGGAGGGGGUUGUUUUCUUGACUUACAGCAGCCUCAUUGCAUCUUCUGAGAAGGGCCGCUCACGAUUACAGCAGCUAGUACAAUGGUGUGGUGGACAGUUUGACGGACUCAUUGUAUUUGAUGAAUGUCAUAAAGCAAAAAAUCUUGUUCCCGAGUCAGGAGGGCAGCCGACAAAGACAGGAGAAGCUGUGCUUGAUAUUCAGGCCAGACUUCCUGAAGCGCGCAUCAUGUAUUGCUCUGCAACUGGUGCCUCCGAACCGCGUAAUAUGGGCUAUAUGGUUCGCCUUGGUCUUUGGGGACCCGGAACUUCUUUUACAAACUUCGACAAAUUUUUAGUUGCCAUGGAUAAAGGGGGUGUUGGAGCCCUUGAGCUGGUUGCAAUGGACAUGAAAGCAAGGGGGAUGUAUGUUUGUCGAACACUGAGCUAUAAAGGUGCAGAAUUUGAAGUUGUUGAAGUUCAGCUGGAAGCAGACAUGAUGGAUAUGUAUGGAAAAGCUGCUGAAUUUUGGGCUGAGUUAAGAAUGGAACUGCUAUCUGCUAGCAUGUAUUACGCCGAGGAGAAGCCUAGUUCAAGUCAGCUAUGGAGAUUGUACUGGGCCAGCCAUCAGCGCUUCUUUAGACACAUGUGCAUGUCAGCUAAAGUGCCUGCAGUGAUUAGACUUUCUAAAGAAGCGUUGGUGGAAAACAAAUGUGUGGUCAUAGGCCUCCAGAGCACAGGAGAAGCAAGAACCGAGGAAGCUGUGUCAAAAUAUGGUGUGGAGCUUGAUGAUUUUGUCUCUGGGCCUCGCGAGUUAUUGCUAAAACUUGUUGAGGAAAAUUAUCCCCUUCCAGAUAUGCCUGAGCCACCCCCAGAGGACGAGAGUGUAAGAGAGAUUCAUAGAAAGAGGGAAGCUGCCACAUCCGACGUUUCGUUUGCCGGGAGAGUGAGGAAAGUUGCUAAAUGGGAUGAGGAAAGUGAAGAAGAAGACGAGUGGGAGUCUGAAACUGACACUGAACCUGAUACUGAAUCUGAUGAUGAGUUUCAGAUCUGCAAUGUAUGCAAUGGAGAAGAGGAAAAGAAGAAGUUGCUUCAGUGUUCUUGCUGCAGUCAGCUUGUUCAUCCGGCAUGUGUUGUACCGCCAGUUGAAGAAGUAAUAUCUGGGGAUUGGUCUUGUCCGUCGUGCAAGGAGAAAACGGAGGAAUAUCUCCGAGCUAGACAAGCUUAUUAUGAAGAACUUUUGAAAAGAUAUGAAGCAGCAUUGGAACGCAAAUUGAAAAUUUUAGAAAUAAUACGCUCGUUGGAUCUUCCUAAUAAUCCAUUGGAUGAUAUUAUCGAUCAGCUUGGAGGCCCGGAUGAAGUAGCAGAAAUAACAGGGAGGCGAGGCAUGCUUGUUAGAGCUUCUGGAGGAAAAGGUGUAACAUAUCAGGCUCGAAACACGAAAGACGUGACCAUGGAAAUGGUCAAUAUGCAUGAAAAGCAGCUAUUCAUGGAUGGUAAAAAACUUGUAGCUAUCAUUUCAGAGGCUGGGUCUGCUGGUGUUUCUUUGCAAUCAGAUAGAAGAGCCGUCAAUCAGAAAAGAAGAGUUCACAUAACUCUAGAACUACCUUGGAGUGCAGACCGAGCAAUUCAACAGUUCGGAAGAACUCACCGAUCAAACCAAGCUUCAGCACCUGAGUAUAGGCUGCUUUUCACAAAUCUUGGUGGCGAACGCCGGUUUGCUUCCAUUGUUGCCAAGAGGCUUGAAUCUCUUGGUGCAUUAACGCAGGGGGACCGUAGGGCUGGACCAUCUCUCAGUGCUUAUAAUUAUGAUAGUGCGUACGGGAAGAAGGCGCUGAUGAUGUUAUAUAGAGGAAUCAUGGAACAGGAAAGCCUACCCAUUAUUCCACCAGGAUGUUCAUUAGAAAAACCUGAGACAAUUGAAGAUUUCAUGCUGAAGGCAAAAGCUGCUCUUGUGUCUGUCGGAAUAAUCAGAGAUUCAGUUAAGGCGCGUGUUGAGGGCAAUAUAGAUUCUGGUAUUGUUGAUAUAAAAGCUAACACAAUUGAGCUCCAGGGAACUCCAAAGACUGUUUUCGUUGACAACAUGUCCGGGGCAUCCACUGUGUUGUUUACUUUCACAUUGGAUCGAGGAAUUACGUUUGAGUCUGCCUCCACAUUGCUCGAGGAAAAGCGGAAGGAUGAGUCUGGUUCAAGCAACAAUGGAUUCUAUGAAUCAAGGAGAGAAUGGAUGGGAAAACGGCAUUUUAUAUUAGCAUUUGAGGGCUCUACUCCUGGAAUGUACAAAAUAUGCCGUCCUGCCAUUGGGGAAUCCAUCAGGGAGAUGCCUCUGGCAGAACUAAAAGACAAAUACAGAAAACUUUCAUCACUAGAUAGGGCUCGUAAUGGCUGGGAAGAAGAAUAUGGUGCUUCGUCCAAGCAGUGCAUGCAUGGUCCCAAAUGUAGGCUGGGCAACUUCUGCACUACAGGCAGAAGGCUGCAGGAAGCGAAUGUUUUGGGCGGCCUAAUUCUGCCUGUCUGGGGGACAAUUGAAAAGGCACUUUCGAAGCAGGCUCGACAAAGCCAUAAAAGGCUACGUGUUGUGCGCAUAGAGACCACUGCAGACAGCCAAAGAAUUGUCGGAUUGCUCAUACCAAAUGCAGCUGUAGAAUCGGUGCUUCAAGAUCUGGCGUGGGUUCAAGACGUUGAUGACGAGUGA